AUGAGUAAUACUAACGAAGAAAUUGUUUCAAAAACGACAGAAACCAAAAGUAUAAAGAUAUUGAGUUCAGGUAAAAUAAAGAAAUAUGUUCACACAGGAUUAAAAAAUGCGACAACGACAAAUCAAAAAGAUAUGAAAAGUAUUAGUAGUGUUGUAGUAGUGAUAUUUACAGCUAAAGGAUCAGCUAUUAAUAAAGCGAUUACAAAACUUAAUUUACGUGAAAUUGCUUCAAAAUCCCUAUUUCUAUUUGCUAAUAACAAUUUAUUUAGUGAAGAUGAUGACGUUGAUAUAAGAAAUGAUACUGCCUCUAUUAUUUCUAAAGCUAAAAAAUUAAAGAUACCAAUAAAUUCAGAUAAAGCAACAGAAUUAUGUUAUGAACAUAUUUCAACUCAUUACCAUAAAUCAUUACAUUUAUACAUUGCUCUAUUACAAAAUUUAACAGGCGAUGAUAAACCUGUUUUAUUUGCAAUUGAAGAUCCAAAUACUUAUAAAGAACAGCUUCUAGAUAUUCAACUAUCGUUUAAACAUUUGAAAUCAUUAUUAAAUUUUAAUAAUUCCUUAAAUUUUCCAGACUUAUUUAGAGUGACUAUACCAAAGUUUAUUUUGGAUCAAUUUAAUAAUGUUUUGGAAAUAUUAUGUUUUAAAGAAAUCCAGGAAGGGAACUUCGGUCCUUUAGGUUUCACAUCAAAACCAAAGAGAUUGAAAUGA